AAAUAACAGAAAGGACAGUCACAGGUUGAAAGCUUGUACAGAUGUUGAGGGAGUAACAGGAGAAAAGACUUUCAACUGAGGUUCAAAGCAACAACUGAGUUCUACAGUGGCAGGCAUCUGUGCUGCACCUGACAGAGGAUGCAGUUGGUUGUCAUGGCAGUAGUGCUGGCACUGGCGGGGGCAGGGCAGGGCUGCAGCUUCAGCUGUCAUCCAACCAACAUCAGCAUCCCAGUGGAAAGCUGUGGCUCCAUCGAGUACGUCUCUACCACCAUAUGUGAAGGAAAGUGUUACAAUGAGGAUCCCAUCUUCAUCUUUCACGAUGACUGGGCUGAACAGAAGAUCUGUAACGGUGACUGGUCCUAUGAAGUGAAACACAUUAAUGGAUGUCCAGUUCCUGUCACCUACCCUGUAGCCACAAACUGCGAGUGUACUGCAUGUAAUGCAGCAAACACCUACUGUGAGCCCCUCCCUUGAGACUUACCCAGCUGUGUGACCCAUUAAAAAACACUCGGCACCCAUCCCACAUUUACUGUUUAGCUUUGCACAAUGGUACUAAAAUAAAAAAAAAAGCAUCACUUA